AUUCAAAUACUAUAGUAUCGCAUAAUUUUUCAAAAUUAAUUUAACACAAUGUUGCCAAAAUCGAAAAUAUUGUAUUUUGGUUUAUUCUUAUUUUUAAUAAUAAAUGCCGUGCAAGCCAAACCCUCAAAGGAUACGGAGGGUAAAGUGGAGACAAAUGAUGACAAAAAGAAUGAUGAAUUUCCCGAAGAAGAUUCAGACAUGCUGAUGGAGCCCAAUGAUUUUGGACCCAUAACAAUUUUACGCUCACAAGAGCGACAAUUUCAUGAGCCACCCUCAACACAAUUUCGUCCCCUACCUAAUGCUAGAUACAUAGCCAGAUCAGAUGUGUCUAGUGCAGCGCAUGUAAACCCCAUCGAUUCACAUACACAGGCGGCUCAAAACUAUUAUCCACCCUUUUUCAGGGAGGCUCCACCUCUGGGACACUCUCGCCCUUACUUUCCCCUAGCAGAUGCUCCUAUUGUUCCCAAGUACGCUGAAUCCAGACCCGAAGGCAAUUUGGGACCCGGUCUGCCACCCAAUCAAAGAUCGGCCGGUUUUGAUCAUAGUAUAUUGGGUUCUGGAGACUUUGGUGUCAUACGUGGCGGUACUUUCUAUCCCGAAGAAGAAAUGCCCUAUCAUCCCGAAGACAGCAUAGACUUUGUACAAAAAUACACUUAUCCCGAAGAACAAUUUGCUCACUUCCGUGAUUUUGCCGAUAUUAAUACACCCGUUGACACAGCCUUCUCCCACUUUGUGGUCGUGUAUCAGGCCAAGAAUUCCACAAAACCCGCCUCACAUCCACAUCCGAAAAAUAUUUUCGAACAAUUGGAGCUUUUGGACAAGGAAAAGGCAGCCGAAGAGAAGAAAUUGAAGAAACCCAAACAUCCUAGUAAGUCAAAAACGAAGUUGGCCAAAACAAAAUUACAGCAAAAGAAAUAUAAGAAAAAAGCCACCCUAUCCUCGACAACGGCGGCCAAGGAUAUGGAUGAAGAGCCUUUAUUGGCUUUGAGUUAAAAGCUUAGCUGGUUGCGGGUUUGUGCAAAAUUCUUUAAAAUCUAAAACAAACAAUCAACAAAAAAAAUACAUUAUUUUAAAUUUAAUUUAUUAAUUUUAAUGAAAAGCGAAAACAAAUUUCAUAUCAAGCAUUUUGUAUUUUUUUUCUUUAAUAAUCUACAAUUUGAAAAAUCCAGCAAUACUUUCUUAUUGUCAUUAGUUUAAUCAAUUUGUUUUUUUUCUUUGUAAUAAUAUUCAAAUCAAGCGAAAGGAAAAACAACCAGGAUUAAAUGGUACACGGUGCCAAAUUGUUAAGAAAAUUUUAAAAUAUUUUAAUUUUUAUUAAAUUUGCAUAAAUGUAUGUGUUUAUUUUGUAGAUGCAAAAACAAAAAAAAUAUUAAGUUAAAUGUACAAAAAACUAAGAAAAAAUCGUUAAACCAUUAUUAGCAGUAUA